AUGCGGAUUUGCUAUGAUGUCGAGGAGCUCGACGAGGAGGGGCGGUCGACCGGGAUGGUGGCGAAGAUGUUCCGCCGCCUGAUUACCGACGUCGUCGAGAAGGAUUACUUUAACGAGGGCGAGGCCCAGUGCAUGUGCGAGAUUUUUGCGGAUAGUUUUAACCGAAUUAACCUCCGAGGGGUCACGAAGCCAAAUAUCUCGUUUUUGCAGUGCUAUGUGGUGCGGAUCCCCCAGUGUAAUAUUCCGCCGGACUAUAAGGGCAUGCAAACUGGGUUUUUCUCUUACACCACACAAGAUACUAAGGAAAUGAUGUUUGUGAUGGAGCCGAAGCUCAAAGGAUAUUUUACGAAGUACAAUAGCAAUUUUGGUGGGGUGUACCAAGAGGAUAAACGCAAAGAUGCUACAGACACCCAAACCAAACGUCGACGGAUGAUUUUCGAAACCGCCGAGUCCUUUUCGCACUACACACUCGUGGAAAGCGGGGGAUCGAUGCUGGUGUGUGAUAUUCAAGGCGUGAACGACCUUUUCACCGAUCCACAGAUCCAUACGGAGGAUGGAAAAGGCCUCGGAAUGGGGAAUAUGGGGCAGGAUGGGAUUGAUAAGUGGAUAGAAAACCACAACUGCAAUGAGAGUUGCCAGGCCCUCGGGUUACAGCCGCUAGGUCAUGCGCCGAAGCCAAUAUCAAAAGAUGACUCGAAGAAUCGAAACUAUUAUAUCUGCCUGCGUGCAAAACUCCAGCGGCAUGUACCGCUUCGUUUUCAAGACCUCAUGCCGCUGACGAAGCCUCUAGAGGAAAUGACUGAGAGCGAACGAUUUGAAUACGUCUUAAAGCUGUCAGAACUGACAAGCUAA